CAAAAAGGAGUUCACACUCUACCUGGCAGCAAGGGGUCUUCUGCUGCAGAGAACAGUGGUGGCCACUCUGGCUGCCUCCUCCUUCCUGGCUGGCUUGGGCCCUACUCGAGUUCAGGCUUCACUGCGGCCUACACGGAGGCCUCCGUGGAAGCCCCGCCCACCCGCCAAUCAGCUGAGAGGCGGGAGAAAAGGAGCUCUUUGCAGCUGGGCUGCUGCUUCCAUUGCGGGCCAGCAGAACAAGCAGGAGAGACGGCGAAGAGGGAGAACAAGAAGAUGGGACAGUCGGUCUACCUUGGACUCUGCCUGCUGGGCUGCCUCCUCUUUAAGCCUUUGGUGGAAGGAGCUGAACCCACAUCCUGCUCGCAGGGAUGGCUGCAGUACCAGGGCAGGUGCUAUGGGUACCUGUCCAACCUACGCAACUGGGCUGAGGCAGAGAUCGCCUGCCAGAGCUAUGGCUGGCGUGGCCACCUGGCCUCUAUUGUUAACGAUGAGGAAGCAGCCGAGGUGGCCAGCUACAUCCAGACCAAUCACCAGAAUACAGCUAAUGUCUGGAUUGGAUUGCAUGACCCCCAGAAUAACAGGGAGUGGAAAUGGACGGAUGGCUCCAUAUCCAGCUAUGAGUCUUGGAAUGCUGGAGAACCCCACAAUCUGAAGAAUGACUGCGUGGAGCUUGGGGCGGCUUCUGGCUAUCUGCUGUGGAAUGACGAGAACUGCCAAUCAAAGCGUGCCUUCCUCUGCAUGUACCGCCUCUAGUGCCAGCCCUUGCCCUUCUUGGUCUCUCCAGAGGGAGGAGCUCAACAUCUGUGGAGAGGCCACUAAGAAGAUACCUUCAGAAAAGGAAGAGGGGGCGGGGCCUGUCCUGCAAAGAAUUCAGAAUUCAUAUAGUGCUCUUACUAUAUGGUAACAUCAGCUCCCUAUAGAUUGAUUGAGAUGUGAAGUCUGUUGUUAAUGUCCUCUGCCUGUUGAUGGUAGUGUGAAUGAAUUGAUCUUGAUUUUGGUCAGCGACCAGAAAUUGAUUGUAGUAAAACGCCAAUAAACUCCAUCCUUAUCUCUCUGU